GGGAUGCCAUAAUGAUAGCUGAAGAAACUGAUUCUUUUUUCUGCUGACGAGUCGGAAUAGCACAACCACCUUCGUCACUGACGCUAAGGUAUUGAUGAUUUAGUUGCUGUGUACAAUUACUGCCUUUUAUAGCCUUUUGUUGCUGCAUACCCAGGAGUAAUGGGAAGGAAGGAAUUGUAGUAUUUAAAUAUUUUUUCUGAUUCAUGCUACUGAGAAACUUCCGUAGGCAGACUGCUUCCUAUUUGUGAUAUCUUCCCUUCUGUCUGCACCACAAUCCAUAGAAAUUCGAGAGAUUUGCAGAGCAGACUGAGAUUCGAGGGUUGCGUGGGUAGUUGUUCCCGCCGCUAGUGGCUUGCAUUUGAGAGUAUGAUGAAUUUUCCAUUCACAAAACUUACAAUACUGCUCCUUGCUCCCCUCUGGACGCCUUCUGGCUCACCCUCACCCCUCUCCACCACAGUCUAUGCCUGUUCCUCAGGACUUAAUUCCUGACUAUGGUACGUACUAAUUUAGUGUUUUCUUACAUUUCACUGGUCAUUGGGAUUUCAUCCCUUUUAACCCUGAAACCUACGCUAUCUACAAGGCUAGCCUACGUUAUCAGGCCAUGGCUCAGAGACAAUGUGUAUAAGAGAGAUAAAACGGCUAACAUUAAAUACUUUAAUAAACCUUCAUCUUUUGGUUUAAUGCUGUCCGACAUUUUGUGACCAACGUUUUAACUCCAUCAGAGAUUUUAAAAAGAAUCCCUCAACCCACGUCUCCAAUACAUUGUUAAGCUACAGAUUUUUGUAAGCCCUAUUUUUCAUCAAUUGUUUAUUUUGGAGGAGGACAGAAGGCGAGAAAGGAGGUGUGGGGAUGAUGGGAGGACUGGGCGGUGCUCUUUCCAAAAUGUGCUCUCACUCUAAAUAAUGGAUUGUUAUUUGUAAAGAUCCAAUUUCCACGAAUCCCUUUAAAUUUUCCCUUUGCCCUGCCGGCCGCCGUGAGAAGCAGGCACUUAUUUGCUAAGCAGAUUCUCCUUUCCCUUCCCCCCUCCCUGUUACGUUCUGCUAUGAAAAUUACAACUCCACAGCUCACCAGCACCUCGAUCAGGAGGGAGGAGGCAGAAGGGUGGGGGGAAUUCCCGAGCAAUCUGGGAUCACGCCCUCAGCCUGCGGGCUGCCAUCCUAGACUAAACCAAGGUCAGAGGCACUUCGGGAGCAGCAGUGGAAAACCAAGAUACCUAGACUAGCCUAGCCUGGGAUUGACGGUAACAACAGUGACAGCCGCAGCAACCCUAUGAGGCGUAGCCGGAUCUUCCCCGCCCUGGCAGCGCUCUAUCAGUCUGUAAUAGCAGCAGCAGAAGCAGCGGUUCCUCCCGCCGCCCACCUCCCAGACUGCGCCUUGUUCAUCUCAGAAGGAUACAGGCAUUUUCUCCUAAUCGGGCGCUGUCCAACAGGGUCCUGGUGCUGAAUCCAGCUCUGCCUCAAGGGUUUCGAGUCUUCCCGCCAGCCUCUGAGCAACCCACUCCACCCGAGCCGCGAUGGAAGAGGAGCUGAAGUGCCCAGUGUGCGGGUCCCUGUUCCGAGAACCCAUCAUCUUGCCCUGUUCCCACAACGUUUGCUUGCCCUGUGCCCGCACCAUCGCUGUACAGACUCCAGACAGCGAGCAACACCUGCCUCCACCACUCUUACACACUCGGGCCCCGUCGUUGCCUACCGGCUCAGCUGCAGGUCCUCCACCAGAAUAUGAACCUGGGAACGGACCUGCAUGUGCUGGUGGAGGUACCGGCAGUGGCGGCGGCGGCAGCGGCGGUGUAGGUGGUGUCGUUGGGGGAGGGGAUCAUGCUGACAAGCUGAGCCUACAUAGCGAGACGGACAGCGGUUAUGGCUCCUACACUCCCAGUCUUAAAUCCCCUAAUGGAGUGCGGGUACUACCCAUGGUGCCCGCACCUCCGGGCUCCUCAGCCGCAGCUGCCCGCGGCGCAGCCUGCUCCUCCCUGUCCUCUUCUUCCUCCAGCUCUAUCACCUGCCCUCAGUGCCACCGCAGCGCCUCUUUGGACCACCGCGGCCUCCGUGGCUUCCAGCGCAACCGGCUGCUGGAGGCCAUUGUACAUCGCUAUCAACAGAGCCGGGGGUCCGGGACUGGAACAACGGCAGCAGCUGCCGUUGCCCAUUGCCAGCUCUGCGACCGCACCCCUCCAGAGCCAGCAGCCACGCUCUGUGAGCAAUGCGAUGUACUUUAUUGCUCUGCCUGCCAGAUCAAAUGCCAUCCAUCCAGAGGACCAUUUGCCAAGCACCGCUUGGUGCAACCACCGCCGCCACAACCAGCGGCCUCUACACCUCUAGGUGCUACCCAAGGAGCCCCCAGCGGCAGCGGUGGCAGCAGUAGCAGCAGCAGCAAAAGCCCAGGCCCUGGGGCUGGAGCAGCAGGAGGCACCGGGGUCCGUAAAUUUCCUACCUGCACAGAUCAUGAACUGGAGAACUAUAGUAUGUACUGUGUGAGCUGUCGUACUCCUGUCUGCUACCAAUGUCUGGAGGAGGGCCGACACAGCAAGCAUGAAGUCAAACCUCUAGGGGCCAUGUGGAAACUGCACAAGGCACAACUGUCUCAAGCACUGAAUGGGGUUUCUGAUAAAGCAAAGGAAGCUAAAGAGUUCUUGGUUCAACUCAAGAACAUACUUCAGCAGAUCCAGGAAAAUGGGCUAGACUAUGAAGCCUGCCUGGUUGCUCAAUGCGAUGCCCUGGUUGAUGCUUUAACUCGACAAAAAGCCAAAUUACUCACCAAGGUCACUAAAGAGCGGGAACACAAAUUGAAGGUGGUUUGGGAUCAGAUCAACCAUUGUACAUUAAAAUUACGCCAGUCAACAGGCCUAAUGGAAUACUGCCUAGAAGUAAUCAAAGAAAAUGACCCCUCUGGGUUCUUACAGAUUUCAGAUGCUCUGAUCAAGCGUGUCCAGGUGUCUCAGGAGCAGUGGGUCAAAGGAGCUUUGGAGCCCAAGGUGUCAGCAGAGUUUGACUUGACCUUGGACAGCGAGCCUCUGCUUCAAGCUAUCCAUCAACUGGACUUCAUCCAGAUGAAAUUGCCACCCAUCCCCUUACUACAGCUGGAGAAGUGCUGUACCCGAAAUAACAGUGUCACCCUGGCCUGGAGGAUGCCACCUUUUAUCCAUAGCCCAGUGGAGGGCUAUAUCCUGGAGCUGGAUGAUGGAGAUGGUGGACAGUUUCGGGAAGUCUAUGUUGGCAAGGAGACCCUCUGCACCAUUGAUGGCCUUCAUUUCAACAGUACAUACAAUGCAAGAGUCAAGGCUUUCAAUUCCUCUGGAGUUGGACCUUACAGCAAAACUGUUGUUCUCCAGACAUCUGAUGUGGCUUGGUUCACAUUUGACCCCAACUCCGGCCACCGGGACAUCGUCCUGUCAAAUGACAACCAGACAGCAACAUGUAGCAGUUAUGAUGACCGAGUGGUACUGGGCACAGCAGCUUUUUCCAAGGGAGUCCAUUAUUGGGAACUCCACGUGGACCGAUAUGACAACCAUCCGGAUCCAGCUUUUGGCGUAGCCAGAGUUAACGUGGUCAAGGAUAUGAUGCUGGGCAAGGAUGACAAGGCUUGGGCCAUGUACGUGGACAAUAACCGAAGCUGGUUCAUGCAUUGUAACUCUCAUACCAACCGGACCGAAGGUGGUGUAUGUAAAGGGGCUACAGUUGGUGUACUUCUGGAUCUGAAUAAACAUACCCUGACUUUCUAUAUCAAUGGACAACAACAGGGUCCUACUGCCUUUGACCAUGUGGAUGGAGUCUUCAUGCCAGCUGUCAGCCUCAACCGGAAUGUCCAGGUCACCUUGCACACAGGACUGGAGGUGCCAUUGAAUCCCAGACAGCAAAAACUGUCUGGCAACUGAAAUCCCAGCUUCAUGCCCAUCAAGAUCUUCCCUGAGAGAAGCUUGCCAUCCCUCUCUUCAAAAUGAGCACAGAAUCUGUUCCAAGUAACACAAAAUGGUCAAAUGAGGAAGGCAGCCCAGUAGCCACUGAAGACCAUGUAAAAAACUUUUCACAAUGGAGAAUCAGGAAUGGGUCUCCUCACCACAAGUUCUUUUUCACGUGUAGAUGUGGGUGUGUGAUCUGUACAUUUAUCCUUGUAGCCUCACUUUUUCAUAGCAGAGCUCUGUAGGGUGGGAUGGGACAAUGACAUCCCUGAUGAGAUUAAGCUGUUUCUCUGGGAACCUCCAAAGUCAGAAUUCCUUUUCCUAAUUAUGAAAAAGGGAACUUUAAAAAGGGGUGCAAGAUAGCAAGUCUAGGUUCUAUGUGUAGUUUCCUGUAACUCGUUUCAAAAUAGGCAUUGUUUGUUGGUUUUCCAUUUCCUGGUUCUGAGAAUGAUACUACCAGAAAGGGCAAUGACAAUUGUUUAAUUCCCAGUAUUAGAGGGAAUAUGUUGGGCAUUUUGCCUUUUCUUCUGAGAUGCCCUCACUUCUUGGUAGUCCCAAGACUGAUGGAAUCUCUGCUUAGAAUAGGAAAAUCAUUCCAUACAGCUAACAUCUCCAAUUUCUUCUUUCAGGAGGCUACCGUCUAUUACCUGGUACCUACAGGUAUCAAUCUAAUCUAAUAAUGCAAUAAAAAAAAGUUUUACCCUCUGUCUUAGAAUUAAUACCAUGCAUUGGUUCCAAGGCAGAAGAGUGGUGAAAGCUGGGCAUUGGAGGUUAAGUGAUUACCCAGGGUCACACAGCUAGGAAACAUCUGAGGUCACAUUUGAACCCAAGACUUCCAGGCCUGGCUCUCAUUCCACUGAGCCACCUAGCUACACCCUAAUAAUGCAAUUUUUUUAAAUAAAAUUUAUUAAGCACCUACUGUUUGCAUAAUAUAAUAUCUUGUCCAUAAAGUAAUCCAGAAUGUAGAAAGGAAAGAAUAAAUCCUGGAUUCUAAUUUUUCUAUUAAUUUAUUCUGAACUUCACAGAAUGGCAGGGCAGAAAGGGUAAACAGUAAUUGAAUCCAAAUAGUAAGCAGUAAUUAAUUUCAAAAAGGCUAUGGACAUUUCAUUGAGCCAAAGCCUUGAUAACAAUCAGCAACAUGUAGUAGGAAAUAAAAAGCAGAUUAAGUGUAAAAAAAAGAUAAAAAGAACUUGUAGUAUCUAACUCAUUUGUAUCCCCAGUCCUUGCAACUCUGUCCUUGACUAAGAUCUACCCUAAAACAAAUACACACACACACACACACACACACACACACAUAGAGGAAAUCUAUCUAAAUACCCUAAACACUAGUGUUUUUCUGAAAACCUAUUGAACAAAUCACAAUGUAUCUCCAGGUGGAAUAUCCUUCCUGGAAAUUGAGUUCCAAUCAAUAAUAUGCUGGGAGAUGUCUAACAACCAGCUCUCUAAGGGGAAAAAAAAAAUAUGCACAAAACACUUUUAAGUUCAGUUUUAACUAUUAACAUUUUCUCCAUCACUUAAAGUCUAGACAAUCAACAAAAUAAUAAAUCAAGUCUUGAUUUGUAUCAUUUGCUGAUUUCUAAGGUGUAAAAUGCUCACUAAAAAAUUUUAACAAUCAACUCUCACCCCUAAUUCCAAGUGUCAAAGAAGAAAGGAGCUCCAUGUUCUUUUGCAAGGAAUCCUUCUGUUCCUCAUUUGAAACUGUCAGGGCCUAACAUAUAGUAGAUGCUUAAUAAAUUCCAGAAAAUUAAUUGAUCACCAGUAGCCCUCUAUCCUAGCUAAGAAAAAUAUAAAAUAUCAUUGUUCUGGUUCGUCAUGUUUCUCCUUGGAGGAGAGCAGAUUGGGACAAUAUUUUUGGGGUCUUGUAAGACUCUCUUAGAAAGAAGCUGGGAAAGAAGUGGAGAUCAGUUGGCCUUAGGAUUGCCCUUCCUAGCAAGAUCAGACUCAGAGCCACAAGAUGUAAAACUGGGGGGGGGGGUGUUCAUGAUAGGACUUCUUGCCACUCCAUACUCAUUUGUCUCAAAACCGAAGUCUGUGGGCAAAAAGGCCAAUGAAGUAAAAAAAGUUCUUCUCUGGCAGGGUGAGGGUGGGGAGUAAUUGGGGAUUCUACAAUGGCUGGUCCACUGGUGAAGGUAGGAAAUGGGUCAGUAAUACUUUUGUACUUAAAAUUGAACUGGGACCUUGAUCGUGUCUGAGAUGCGUAGUAUCCCCAGUCAUUGCAAAAGAAGCAUAUGAAACUCUAGGAUUGCAUCCUUUCCACCAAUACCACAAAGCUGGACAUGAUCAAGACCUUCCAGUUAGUCAGAUGCCAUGGUAAGUGCUGCCUCAUACUCUUCACCAGGGAAACCGAAUACUGGCUUAGUUUCAGGAGGUGACUCACUCCAGGAUUCCCAGACCACUAUGAGCCUGUACCAAAUCAAACACCCAAUCCCACUGAACACAUUUUUUUUUUCUCUCAGAACUUUUGUCUCCAAUCUGCCCAUCUCAGACACUGUCACUAGAUGGAAUGUUCUCAGAGGCACCACAUGAGAGGCAAAUGCAACACCUCAGUAUCAUCCAACUUACAGUUGAAUUUGGUCAAGGUGACCAGGAUAUAACUAGAUUCCUGAUAGCAGUAGAUGAUACGGAUAGCUCUGGAGGGCAACACUAUAACACUUUGGCCCUUUCCAUGGGUCAGAUUUUCAGCUGUUUUCCCUGUUGCCCAAUUCUCAUUCUUUGUAUACUCAACUCAUCUAGAAGCACAGCUAAUGAAUUCACUAUUUUCCCAUGGUACUCAAUCAAGCCUGUCCAUAGGCUUGUGCCCAGAGGUAAGUCUGCAGAUGGUAGUCACACUGUCAACUCCUUUGCCUAUAUGGAUUGCCAAAAAUUGGAUACCACCUUGGAAGUCAUGUUUUAUCUGCCCAUCGUGUGGACAAGGAGAUCACUGAGGAAUCAAAAGCAGCAGUCAAGACAGAGGAAAUUUCUAGUGACACUAGAACCUUUGGGAAGAAGGUGGCCCAAUGGGUAUGUUCUGAGAAGUAAAGCAAGGUAAAAAUCUUGACUUACCCAUGACCAGAUUUCUUCCUAGCCCUCACCCUACCAUCCAACAGAGACAUGCACUUUUGCAUCAAGAAUGAAAUGAAGGAAGCAACAUAAAUAAGCAAUUCCAUCUGGUAGCAACAAAUGAUUUUACUUUACUUUUCUUAAAGAGUAUGUUUUAUCAGACUUCUUAUUUUUAAAGUUGAGGGCUAACCUAUCUGCUGGAUCUCUUCUUACUUUGUAUGAGCCGAAACCAACUGUGUUUUUAUUAGGUUCUAGAUUCUUGUUUAUAUACUAGGUUUCUUACUAACCACCGGUUGAUGCUGUGCAGGUUUUGAUCUUUUAUUCAGUGGAACCAACAAGCCUACCUCAUGCUUCCAGAUUCUUGAAUACUCCUGAGGAACCCUCUCAUCCUGCAUUCUUCAUGAAGAGGAAGAAUGGGAUAGGCAUUGCAUAGGAUUGUUGUAACUAAAUUACCACUGAACUUUGUCCUAGAAAAAUAUCUUCUUCCCAACUUAACAUCAGAACUCAGCAGUUUCCAAGAAAGAGGAAGGUAGUUCUUCCUUUGACAGUUUCUGAGUAGGUCUGUUUCCUGCCAGAGAAUGUCAGGCAGAAGGAAUUUUGCUCUUGACUAGGUGAAGUCUUUAACUCUGGUUCUCUCUUUCCCAUUGCUCAAGUAAGAACUGUGAUGUCCCUGCUUGCAAAUUGCUUCUGGGGAUCAUGGCUCUGGGUGGAUUUUCCAGAAGAGCCAGUGGAAAUAAACAGAAAAUUCUUUUCUGUGGUAUCAGAAGAUGGAAGAAUUGGCAGAUUCUCCAUUCCCACCUCAUGUACUUUGGCUAGCAGUUUCUAUUGCAACAGACACACAACUUCCUUUGAAAAAGAUGAGAACAAACCACUAGGACUAAUUCAUCUUCAGAGGUAUCGGAAACAAAUUCAAACAAACAAAAAAGCAGCAUGUGAAAGAGCAGAGGUUUUCUUCUUUUCCUAAACUGGGGUCAAAAAGAAGCCAAGCAGAAUGUUUUCAGUGAUGUACAAAACUGAAAGAGAUUAAGUUUCUGGGAUCAGCCAAUGAUGCCAGUUAAGCUAGAUUGCUUCAACAAGUCAUCAAUUCCCCACUUUUGGAGAUAAUGAUGACAUUUAAUCAAGAGAAAUAAUAAUGCAUGUGAAGCACUUUGUAAACUAUCAUUAUUUCUUGUGACUGCUGGCUAAGGGCUAGGCUGGAUCCACUGGGCCCAUGGGGACAUCCUACACAGUCUUAAACCUGUGACAUGAGGGAAAGGAGAAUGAGGUAGAAAUCAACUCUUUAGAGUUUUUUCACAACUAAAAAAUCCUUGAUAUUAUCCAUUUUGGUGCAGAUUACAACCCUACCAUGCCUUAGGAAACAGUCCUUUUGAAUUAUUGUGGACAAAAAACAUUAACUGAUAGCCAACUUCUGGUGAAAAGCCUUUCUACCCUUGGUCUAGACCUCAGAGAAUAGGCAUAUGGUAGGACCAGAUAAAACAAAUAUUGUAAUUGUAAGUCUUUUUCACCCAGGAUGUAGCAUCAGAGUAGUACUUUAGGGGAUGGAGAUAGUUCUUGCUUGGAUUAAUAGGAGGAUUUUUGUAGGCUAAUAGCACUGUCUUCCAGCUUUCUUUAACCUAAGUUCAAAUCAAAGAAGAUACAUAGUGCCUGACUUCCCAAAGACAGAGGAGAAGAGAGGUAUGGAGGAUUCAGUGAAAUGAAUUAGUAUCAGAAAAGGAGAGAGAGAAAAGAAUUUUUCUAGCACCCAUAAGUACUAAAUCCACCUCUAUCUAUUAAAAAAAAAAUAGGAAGCUGAAAAUGCCUACAUCUUGAUGACUUUGCUAAAAAGAAAAUUACAUGGAGGCUGGAGAGAAACUAGUGCCUAAAACUUGACCUUUGGGAAAGGCUUCCUUCUCAUUUUCCCUCUUAGCACCCUUCCUGGGUCCUUUGCUAUAUGCCUUCUCCUAAUUUUUACCUCCCCCUCCCCCAGUGUUUGAGUGUAGAAGAUGAACAGAGAAGCCAACCUUCUAUGACCAACACCUCAAAAUGAAAAAUCUUACAAAAUGAAUGGGGUUGUACUUCCUCUUUCAUUUCCUCUUCAAAGCAAUGUUCAGUUUAUUGAGACCAAGGACAGAUGCCAGAAGGAAGGGCAAGUUUUCGCCACUCACCUUGUCUCUAGGACAUUAAAAAAAAAAAAAGAUAGUGAGUCAUUCUUUCAGUCCAGUGGACUCUUAGAAUUAUAUGGAGUUAUUGUUAUUGUCUCUCAUCAGAGUCGCUAUUACUUUCCUAUAUGGCAAUGUCAUUCUUUGUACAUAAAAACAACACAAAACCAACUUAUCCAAAGUUUAUAAUAGGCCAGCUAUAAAAUCAACUUAAUCCUAUGAAGCAGAGUUUAGUGAGAAAGGAUGAAAUUUGAAAUAGUGUGAAAUAUUAAGGAUCUCAUAUUCCAUUGUAAAUAAUGUUACCCUAAAGUAGGUCUAGCACAUUCAGUGGUGAUAGUUUGUCCUUUUCUUUCUUUCUUUCAUUGUUCCUUUCUUUCCUUUUCUUUCUUUCUUUCUUUUUUCUUCCUUUCUUUCAUUUCUUUCUUUUAAAAAAAAACCACAUUUCUUUAAAUACCCAAGAGCAUUUCAAAGCAGAGCUUCCUAGACUUCUCUUUUCUGUUCUGAAGUUUGGAAAACCACUGAGACCAACAUAAAGAGGAUGUAGACAAAGGUAACUAGGCCACAAUGUAACUGAUUAAAACAUUUUAGAGAUGUGUACCAAGAUCCUGCCUGAACCCAUCAACCCCCCAAGUUUCCCUGGGCAAAAUGCUUUAUAAUCGACCUGGGACUUUUACCAGGAGAAAGGGCACCUCUAUAUAUCACCUUAUUUUCUAGGGGCAGCUAUGUGGGCCACUGGAUAGAGUACAGGUCCUGGAGUCAGGAAGAUUCCUCUUCCUGAAUUCUAAUCCAGUUUCAGACACAUACUCUCUUUGUGACUCUGAGCAAGUCCCUUAAAUUUCAGGAAGUCACUCAAUUUCUCCAUUUGUAAAAUGAACUGGAGAAGGAAAUGGCAAAUCAUUCUAGUAGCUUUGCAAAAAGGGGGAUGGGGGUCAUGAAGUUAUUCACAACUGAAAAAUGACUAACCAUUCUCACUGUUCUAAGUGCUCUGUGCCCUCUACUUUAUCAAAACUUACUCUUAAAAAAAAUCAAGGGGGAAGCUGGGUAUCUCAGUGGAUUGAGAGCCAGGCCUAGAGACAGGAGGUCCUGGGUUCAAAUCUGUCCUCAGACACUUCCCAGCUGUGUGACCCUGGGCAAGUCACUUGACCCCCAUUGCCUAGCCCUUACCACUCUUCUGCCUUGGAACCAAUACAUGGUAUUAAUUCCAAGACAGAAGGAAAGGGUUUAAAAAAAAAUCAGAAUCUAUCUUUCAUUCUGGUAGCCAAAUACACAUUCAGCCACUAUAUGAUGAGGCUGAUUCUGGUACCACACCAUCUGCUUCCUCUUCCCAGGUUCUUGUGAAUAUGGGGGGAUGGAGAUAAAAUAUUCUUUGGAAGUGGAAUUUGUGAAUAUUAUAAAAUAUAAUUAUCAGGUACUUUGCCAUACCACCCCUCGAGUUUCUUAUAUGGCCACUCUAACCAUGCUGCCUCACAUGCAAAGUAAUGAAUUGGACAUUUCUUUCAUAGUAACCCAGGAAGCCUAACCUGAAACAGCUGUAAUGUUUGUAAUUUUAUGUAAUCUAGCAUCAGCAUCAAAAUGGAGUUUUCCACUGUAUUGUAGUAUUCUACUAACUCUAAAGGAAGAAAUUUAGUGAGGUGGAUGUGGGGGUACCUUAACUCUAAACAAAAGGGACAGUGUUAGACCCCCUUAUAACCUCAGGAGAUGCUCCCUGACCAACCUAGCCUACCCCACCAUACUCCACCAUCCAUAAAAAAAAAAUUGAGCCACUAGCUUUAGAAUGAAAACAGAGUUCUUGGACUUCCCUAAAAAGGGGGGGUCAAUAACAUAGGAAAACACAGGGUCUUCAGCUAGUUAGAAAGGAACAUUUUUGAACAUAGUUAGAAAACAAACAGCAAAUAGAACUAUAUUGUCCCUGGAGUGCUCUCUGAAUUUUUCUUUUCCUUUAAAAAAAUAGACAGUUGUGUUUGGGUUUUUUGUUUUGUUUUGCAGUGGUAGCAUCUCUUUGGAUUCCUUUUUAAGCAUAAAGGAAUCAAAACAGCUCAAACUGGAAAUUAACUGAAGAAGACAUGAAGUGAUAGUAUUUCUUUUCCAAGGUUCCAGGUCCUCACAACAGGUUUCUGAAGUUGCAACUUUUUACUCUAGCUCUGUUACUGACUCACCGUGAAGGUCCUAGGCAAAUUAUUUAAUCUCUGUGUGCCUCAUUCUCACCAUCAGUAAUAUGGCAUAGUUAUUAUCACAGUAUAAACUACCUCUACUGGCUAAGAAUGAAUGGUCAGUCAGUUAAUGGGUAUUAAGCACCUACAAUGUGCCAGACACUACACCAAGCAUAGGGGAUUAAAAGAAAAGUAAAAGGCAGUUCCUGCUCUCCAGGAGCUCACAGUCUAAUGGGUGAGACAACAAAGAAACAACAAUGUACAAACAAGUUAUAUGUAUAGGAGAAGUUAGAAAUAAUUAACAGAGAGAAAACACUAGAAUUAAAGGGGAUAGGGAAAGAAAAUGGGAUUUUAGCUAGGACUUGAAGGAAGUUGGGGAAGCCAGGGGGCAGAAAUAAGAAUGAAUAACAUUUCAGGCAUAGGAAACACAGUAAAAAAUGCCAGGAGCCUGGAGAUGGAGAAUCUUCUUCAAGGAACAACAAGAAGCCUUAAAAAUACAUUUCAAAUUCAAAAGGACUAUCCAAUGUCUCUGAAACCUUUGCUAAUAACUCUCUCUAUAAAAUAGUUGAUUGUACAGGAUUUGUCACUGAUCCAAUCUCCCAUCAAGUUUCUCUGGUGAUCAGCAGUGUAUAUUUGUAGGAUGGCUGGUCUGGUUUGGGACAUAAAUAGGUCUACUUUAACUACUAAAAAAAUCCCAACUGCUCUGGCUUUAAGAGGGGCCAAUUUUAAUGAGUCACCUUGUACAAGUGUUAUAAGCAUCAGUGUUCUCAUUGUUAGCCAUCAAGGUAUUGAAUGGGCAGAACCCUUGUGGAUCAUUGGAAGAGAUGGGUCAGAGCUUCUGCCUCCUCACUUAUGCGCCUCUCUCUCUCUCUCUCUCUCUCUCUCUCUCUCUCUCUCUCUCUCUCUCUCUCUCUCUCUCUCUCUCUCU